GAAUAGGAUUUGAAUUUUGGCUCUCCCUUGGAAAGUGGCGACUGGCGACAUUACCAAGUGAGCUCAUUUCGGUGACGUGUUAGAAAGUGGGAGCGGAGUGAACGUAACCAGCGGGCUGCAGCAGUGAGCAGCCGGCCUGCCUGCCUGUCAAACAUUUUGCAUCACAGCCAACAUGGCGGACUGGGACGCUGAAACCUUCGAGCAGCAAGAGCCGAAUCAAAAGGCGCCACUGGACAAAUGGGAAGGCGAAGACGAAGAGGACGAUGUCAAAGACAACUGGGAUGAUGAUGAAGAGGAGAAAAAAGAACUGAACACGACUGAGGUAAAAGUUUCCGAAAAGAAAAAAUUGAGUGAGAAGAUCAAAGAAAGGGAAAACCGUUUAAAGAAAAAACAGCAGGAGUUAAAAGAAAAAGAAUUGGAACAAGAACUUACCCCCGAAGAACAACUGGCACAGAAGUUAAAAGUGCAGAAGCUUCAGGAAGAUGCAGACUUGGAGUUAGCAAAGGAUGCUUUCGGAGUUGGCGGCUCUUCCGUUGCUGGAAUUGAUGCAAUGUGUCCAUCUUCCAAAGAGGAAUUCACAGAGUUUGAAAAACUGCUGAAAGAAAAGAUAUGCCAGUUUGAGAAAUCCGUGCAUUAUUCGAAUUUCUUGGAUUCAUUGUUUCGAGAGCUCUGUAUUUCAUUGGAAGUGGAGGAUUUGAAAAAAGUUAAUAAUUCCCUUUCAGUUCUACUUAGUGAAAAACAGAAACAAGAAAAGCAAAACAAAGGGAAAAAAAAGAAGAAAGGCGUCGUACCUGGUGGUGGUUUGAAAGCACAGAUGCGAGAUGACCUGGACUAUGGCGGCUUUGACGGCGGCUAUGCGCAAGACUACGAGGACUUCAUGUGACACAGGCUUCGAUUCAAUAGUCCUAUUCCCCUUCCAAUCCCGGGUUUUGCAGCUCUACCUUAUGCUGUCCAGUGCCAUCCUGGAAGAUCAGAACUGUGUGUUGCCCCCUUCAUCUUGCUUCAGUGACUUCAGGGACUACUGGAAGCGUCCGGUCUCACCUCUUUAUGUUCAUACAUAUGGAAAUGCCUUUUUUUUUCUCUUCAUGCAGCCUGGACUCACACAAACACACACAAUUAAUUUAGUUUUAUCUGUUGGGUGACCCUGCUUCAAAGGAGAAGAUACUUUGUAACUGCUGUUGUCUGUUUUCAGAGCUCAUUUUCAAUGGAAUGUUGCUACUGUCCAACAGCAGACUCAGUAUUACAGUUAUACAUGUAGUGACAUAGAAACAGGAGGUUCUAUGCAAAUUCUAAAACCGGAAUGUCAUGUAUAUAUUUUAGAUCUCACUUGAGGAUGGUUCUCUUCCAGAUGAGUAUAUAGUAUCUAUAACUGGUUGCCAAAUACAAAUUAUUCAACCCAUUA